GUGAUCCGUAAAGGAGAGGUCAGCUGCUGUUGGACCUGUACUCCCUGUAAAGACAAUGAGUUUGUGUUUGAUGAAUACACCUGCCGCGCCUGUGACCUGGGGGCCUGGCCUACCGACGACUUGACAGGUUGUGAGCCUAUCCCGGUGCAGUACGUGCGUUGGGGAGACCCUGAACCCAUAGCAGCGGUGGUGUUUGCCUGUCUGGGGCUGAUGGCUACUCUGUUUGUUACCUCCAUAUUCAUCAGGUUCUACGACACCCCGGUAGUGAAGUCGAGCAGUAGAGAGCUGUGUUACAUCAUCCUGGCUGGGAUCUGUCUGGGCUAUCUCUGUACCUUCAGCCUCAUCGCCAAGCCCCAUGCUGCACACUGUUACCUACAGAGACUGGGCAUAGGACUGUCCCCUGCCAUGAGCUACUCUGCCCUGGUCACUAAGACUAACCGUAUAGCUCGUAUCCUGGCUGGCAGUAAGAAGAAGAUCUGUACCAAGAAGCCCAGGUUCAUGUCAGCCUGCGCCCAGCUGGUCAUCGCCUCCCUACUCAUCCUGCUACAACUAGGAAUCAUAGUAGCUCUGUUCAUUAUGGAACCACCACAGGUGAUCUAUGACUACCCCAGUAUCAGUGAGGUCCAUCUGAUCUGCAACCUGACUACAGUCGGAGUAGUGACUCCUCUGGGUUAUAAUGGCCUGCUCAUCCUCAGCUGUACCUUCUACGCCUUUAAGACCCGUAAUGUUCCUGCUAACUUCAACGAGGCUAAGUACAUAGCCUUCACCAUGUACACCACCUGCAUCAUCUGGUUGGCCUUCGUCCCGAUCUACUUUGGCUCCAACUACAAGAUCAUCACCAUGUGUUUCAGUGUUAGUCUCUCUGCUACUGUGGCUCUCGGCUGCAUGUUCGCCCCCAAGGUAUACAUCAUGCUGGCAAAGCCAGAGAAGAACGUACGGAGUGCCUUCACCACCUCCACCCAGGUCCGCAUGCAUGUAGGGGAUGCCAAGACCGCCGCUAACGCUGCCAAACCCAAGACCAUGGCUGGACUCUUCAGAAGGAAGGGCUCUGAAGAAAAUCUCAGCUCCAACGGUAAGUCAGUGUCGUGGUCUCAGAAUGAGCGCAGCGGCUACAGACCCAACCUGUGGAAGAGGAUGUCCAUCCACAUCAAGAAGAAGGAGGAGGUCAACCAGACAGCCAUCAUUAAGCCCUUCUCUAAGGGGGCGGGCACCCCUGACCUCGCCCCCCCCGCCACGCCCCAACUUGGGGACAGGGGGGUCUAUGAUGAACCUCAGGGGGCACAGCAUUACCCACCUGGAACCUACCCCUGCCCUCCCUCGCCUCAUGUUGGAGCAUACCGCCGCUGUCCCUCCUCGCCCUCCCCACUAACCCUGCCCACCGUCAGCCAAAGGGUGGGAGGCUUCCUCCCCUGUCCCUCCUCACCCUCCCGACUAACCCUGCCCACCGUCAGCCAAAGGGUGGGAGGCUUCCUUCCCUGCCCUUCCUCGCCUCACGCUGGAACCUACCACCCAUGUCCCCCCCGGGGGCCUCAGGGGUCCCAGGACGGAGAAGAGGUCAGGGCUCUGCCAUCCUACAUGACAGAGAGGCCUCAGACAAGGGCGUGUGGCGGGGUGGGCAGGAUGGGAGGUGGUAAUAUUGGUUGUGGUGGUAGGGGUGUAGGUAUGGGGGGCAUAGGUGAUAUUGGUGGGGUUGGCAGUAUUGGUAAUACUGGUGUGGGUGAUUUAGACAUGGGUAUAGGUGUUGGUGGCAUAGGUGACAGGGGUAUUGGUGUGGGCACGGUGGGCAGUCAGCCCCAGGGUUCCACCAUCAUGGAUCAGAUUAGUUGUGUGGUGAACCGUUUCACUGCCAACAUCAGCCAGCUCAACAACAUGAUGCUCCCUGGGUCGCCACCGGAGGGUGCUGACCCCCUUCCUCCGGGUCCAGGCCUCACCCCCGCCCCAUGCCCCCCUCCCUACAUCCUACCCCGCACCAGACAGCCAAAUACCACAGUCACCGCCUACGCUGAAGUAGCAGCCAUCGCCGCCUCUAACCAUGGCAACCCCCGGGUGGGCGGGUCGGUCGGUGUGGUCUAUGGUCCUGGGGGCGGGGUGUGUGGUACGGCGGCGGUGAGAACCACAGAGCUGCUGGAGGAGCUGGCUGCUCUGGCCCCUCCGUCACCGUUUAGAGACUCCUCCCUGGAGUCGCCUGGCGCCACGCCCCCCUCCCUGGCCUCAGAGUCUGCCCUGGGUGAGCCCUGCCCCCCGGGGAAAUAUGACAGACUGAUGCUACGGCACUACAGUCAGAGCUCCUCUUCCCUGUAA